UAACCAGAUAUAAUAAGAAAGUGUUUCAAGUUUUGUUUCUCUGCUUUAACACUAUAUCACCAUAUUCUUUAAGGGAGUGGUUGCUGAUCCAGAAGUCUUGAAAAUAUUGAGAGAAUGUGAAAAACUUGAGUCAACAUGGAAAAUAAAUGAAUGUCAUGGCAGAAAUUCAUGGUAGCUUUAAAGUUUUAACAGCUGAGAGAGACAAAAUUCUCAGUGUUUAUGAACAGGCACAGGAGGAGAUUUCCCAGCUUUGUCAGGAAGUUAUAAAAUGCCCCAGGACUCCUAAAAGCAUCACUCCUGGGACAGCUCAAGCUGUAUUAAGACACAUGGAGCCAGAAAGGAGUACAGCACUGUCAGAUUGCCAAAGGAUGCCUACAGAACAUGAUAGCCUCAGGGAGCAGUUACAGAUUUCCCAAGAAACUCCUUUUAAUGAAAGGGCUCAUUUGGAACAGAGAAUUGAAGAGCUUUAAACUACUAUUCACAAUUUAGAUAGUGAACAGCUAGAACAGAUGUCUACAGUGGCACUGAUGAAAGACACCAUUGAUUCUCUGGAAACUGAGAUGAAAAGAUUGACAAGAAAAGACUGGAUUCUGAAACUGAGUGAGUUACAGGAAGCUGAAUGUGCUUCUCUUAGUUUAUUGAAUGAAAAGACUGAACUGAGUGUUUCAGAGAUUCAGUGAAGCCUUGUGAAGAAAAAACUUGAAAUGCAACUUAGCCAAGAGAAAAUGAUGCAUUUAGAUUAAAAAACUGAGCAAGUGUGAAUCAAACCAUUCUGAAACAGAACUGCUGAGAAAACAACUGGGAAAUGAAAAAGCAUCUAUGAAAAACCUGGAAUCUUCUCUUAUGUCCAAUUGUGAGAAGGAAUUUCAGUCACAGAGAGCAAACCAAGAGAAAGUCUCUGAAAUUCAGGUUCACAAGGAACAGCUUGCUUUAGUAGAAAAUAAUCUAAGGUGAUCACAAAACAGUUUGAGAUAUGUGAUCUUGGUCUAUAAAACUAAUACCCUAUCAUCUAAAAGG